AUGUCCACCACACCCAAUAUGCUCCCAGGCGAUUCGCAUCUCGUUCAUCAGACAGCCGCAACCCCGCAACUAAACCGCUCCUGUGAAUCGUGUCGCGGCCUGAAAGUUCGCUGCUUACCCGAUCCCUCAACUCCCAACCAAUGCCAACGAUGCGCGAAAGCGAACAGAACCUGCGUGUUUGUGGCACCUCAGAGACGACGGCCGCGCAAGCGAACCGACUCUCGGGUGGCCCAGUUGGAGAAGGAGAUGCGACAGAUGCGAUCGCUUCUCAAGGAUAGGCUGCGUGCCGAUGAAAGCAGUGCAGAAAGUGCAACCAGCGAAAGGGAGGAAUCCCGGGAACCCGACCUGGCCGUCGAACCAAACGAGGCCAUCUCCACAAUCACAGAUGCCCCUAGCAGCGGUGCAGAUUCAAAUCGACCCAUGGACCUCUCACCCAGCUUUCCAUCAACUUCCCCAUAUCCAAAUACCUAUGAUGGUGGUCCUGUCAACACCCCCGUCGUCAAUCCAACGCCAAACCCGUAUCCGUACGAUGCAAUUCCAAGAGAGGAUGUUAUCGAUCGGGGCUUGGUAUCCCUCGAGUAUGCGAAUGAGUUGGUCGCCUUCUAUGUUACCGAGCUUACGGCUUUCGCGCCGAUAGUCGUCUUGCCCCCACAUACAACUGCCACCCAACUUCGCAGUUCAAGGCCGGUCCUGUUUCUUUCCGUCAUUGCCGCAGCUAGUGUCUCUCUCGAUGCUCAGUUGGCAGCCCUCCUGAACCAGGAGAUCAUUCGAGUCUAUGCAGAGCGGUUCUUCAUCAACGGAGACAAAUCAUUGGAGUUGGUGCAGGCAUUGAUGAUCAUGAUCGUCUUCUACCAUCCGCCUGAUUCGCCUUUGAAGCUGCAAUUUUUUCAGUACACGCAUAUUGCUGCCACAAUGGCAUUGGAAAUUGGUUUGGCCUCAAAACGCCGUGUAGACAAAAGCAACGAUCGCAGAGCGAGCAAAAGAGCCACUUUUGAUGAGCAGAUGGCGGGACAAGCCAGGACGAUACUGUACUGCUAUCACCUGACAUCAGUUAUCGCAAUGAAAACGCGCCGACCGAAUCUCCUUCUUUUCAAUGAUUGGUUGGCCGAGUGCGUCAAGCAUUUGGAGCGAUCGCCAAACGCUGUCGAUCGGCACAUGGCUACUUGGUUCGAUCUCCAGCGGAUAGUUGAUGAGUCGAUGACCUCCUUCGGCCUUGACGAUACCAGCUCAACCGCGCCCCUGACCGAAUCACGCCUCCAAGCUAUUCUGCGGUGGUUUGACAAUCGUAUGCUCUCGUGGCGCAAGGAACUCCCGCUUGACAUGCUCACUGUGCCCAUGACUUUCGAAUACCAUUACACCAAUCUCGCGAUAUAUGAGUUGGCCGUCGGUGAGGGAUACCGUGACCCAGAUGCAAUCAAACAACAGUUUUAUACUCUUCCCUCCCCUGAGGGCAAGGUGAAGUCGACCGGUACACAGCUUAGCGCGGUCCGCGUAGACAUCACGAUAAAAUGGAUGAAUGCCGCCCAUGAAAUGCUGGAUUUCUUCCUCAGCUGUGACACUGAGAUGUUGCGCAAGAUCCCGAAUCUGAUUUAUACCCGGGUCGGGACGGCGAUGAUGUCGCUCUUGAAGAUAUACUUCUCGGUCAGCGCAGGUGCGCUCGGGAAGUUCAUCACAUCAGAAACUGUCAAUGUCGACAAAUAUCUGGAUGCAAUGACUCAGAGACUCGCAGAGGCUAGCGGAGGUCAGAAGUACAAAAUCCCGAGUCGAUGGUAUUACGUCGUUGCCGUCAAAGCGCGAAAUUGGUAUGACCGCUUGCAGCAGCAGCAGAGACAGAAAGCUGUCGGUCUGAGCUCAACAAUCAAUGCGGGACCAUCGGCGUCCCAGUCACAUGUAUCGAGCCAGAAACAGCCAUCGUUUGACCCGUCUCACCAAAAUAUGCCGCUUGGGAUGGGCUACAAUAUUUUGCCUAUUGCGCCUUUCCAUCCUAUCGCCGGAGGAUAUGGAGUACCGGCCCCUGUGGAUCAAAUCUGGUCGCCAGAUCAAGGCGGUUUUCGGAAUGUGUCCAAUGCCAGCCAGUUUUCAGGCUACCAGACACCCAACCCCAUGUUGUCUCCUCAAUACGUGUAUGAUAUGCAGCAACAGCAGCAGCAGCAGCGGACCCCAUCAGUUAGCAGUCUGCAGGGUAAUCCCUCACCUCCCAAAACAGGUAUGGAGCUUGAUGAGUGGUUGCCAGACGGGAGUGUAUUUGCUUUACCAACUUUGCCUGGCUUCUGA